CGAUAACGAGAUAUUAAGCAGAGCCAUCGCAGUGAAACUUUUCAUUGUGCUAGGCAAGUGGAGUUGUUGACAUGGCGACACUUGGGUACAUUAUUGUGUUGGGCACGCUUUGCUCUGUUGCUUUCUCACAGGUGAGUGUACAUUUAAUCUGAGACUAUGGUCCUCUCAGUAGUAUCAGUCAGUUGCAAUAGAUUGUUACGCUCUAGUGCUCUGUCAGAGUCGUAAAACCUGUUGUUUUUUCUAAAGCAAUUGUCCGCAUCAAUUCAAAAAUGACUGACAACUAUUCUGAAAACAUAAUCUUCUUUCAUCGACCUCAACGGAGAGUCGUACCCAACAUUUUAGGAUGAACGAUACUAUGCAAAUGAUAACAGAAAUGGUUUCCAUUAAAAACAUCUUUUGUUUACUAAUCUUAUUUCUUGGGGGCUCGAUAUUACCACAGCUCUGAUUACCCCUGGGUUAGUGUCAGCGUAUAUUUCAGCUUUCAAAAACUCAGUUGCCAGCUCCAAGGAGUAGUUUGGUCAUCAAUUCGGGGUGGGGGGUCUUGGGAGAGGGGGGCUGGUUUGCAAUCAAAAUACAAUUUGUGUGAGUAAAUCCACUCAAAUUCUUAUGUAAGUUAACACAAACAAAUACACAUAAUAUAGUCCUGCUAUUUUCUCUAAAUUGUGAGAAAAAGUCUUAGGCAAGCACACUGGGAGUUAAGUAUUAACAACGCAAUUCUCUAGAAAGAUAAUAUUCUGGUUGAUUUAUUGAGAUCGAGAUAGCAAAGGCCAAUCACACUUUUUCUUAAUGAUUUCUUACAGUGUUUACACACAAAAUGAGGUAACAUUUUUUACUGAAAACACCCAAAUUAUGUAAUUUAAAAAAAUUAAAACUAAAACAAAAAAAAAACAAAACACACGUAAUCUUCGUGGUGCCGUAGUCAUCGGCUUAAAAACUUAGUAACUACGACGAAAGCGUAGGGGUAAACAGGUCUGUUAACAGCUUAUUUCAUUUUUAUUUUCGAUAUUUUAAUAAAUGCAAAGCGCUUAGAGCUGUAAGGUAAGCGCUAUAUAAAAAUGCCUAAAUAAAUAAAUAAAUAUUUAUACGCUUUUUUUUUGUUUUUGCGAAGAUAAAUUCCUAAAGCAUCUGCAGCAAAAAUGUAACAUAAAUAAAUAAGUACUCGUAUGAAGAAUUUAUUUGUUAAUUUGUUUUUAGAUGCCUCCCGUCCCCACCCCACCCCACCUUUCCUAGUUAAGUUGUUUUACUUGCCGUAAAAACAUACCCCACCCCUGUGUGUUAUUUCCUCAAAAUUUCUGAUGACUGUUUAUAUAUUUUCCUUAAAAAAAAUGUAUGCCUCGGCAUUUUCUCCUACCGGUACAUAGUUAUAGACCAACCCCUAAUAACCUCAUCAAGCAUCAAAUCUUAGAAAAGCUGGCAGGUUUGACGAUAUACACAACCAGAAAAAGAAACAAAAAAAAUAUGUGUGAAAUGCAUCCACAUAGUUUUUAUUUGAAGUGUGAAGCAAUAUGGGAAAAAUUAAAGUAUAAUAACAUACGCCUUUGUCUGUGUUUGCGACACUAAAAAAAAACUUUUAUUAUAAAAUUAAAUUAUUCAUUGUCAGUCAAGGUUCAUACGUUUUUAAAAUAUUUGUUUCUCCAACGUCAUUUUAAAUACAUAAUCUCAAAAGCGUUGGAUUCUAUUUCAAAGCAAGUCAAUUACAAAAAUCGAUUGAAUCUCAAAGCGUUGCUCUAGCAUUCCUAAAGUUAAUCGUGAAAGAUAUUGUCCAAUUCGUUCAUGAUCUAAGAAUGGCUCUCACAUUAAACGGCUUGGGGGUCCUGGAAAAUCCAAAGCUUCCUUCUAAUGGCGGAAUGUUGAUGGGGUCUUCAGGCAGAAACUGGAACCGCUGGAUAAACGCCGUCAUGAAAAGGUACAGCUGCAUCACGGCCAAGGGCUCCCCCAAGCAAUUCCUCCUCCCGACUGAGAACGGCAGAAACUCCUUCUUGAUGGUGAUCACACCGUUCUCCAGAAAUCUUUCGGGACGGAAGUUCAUCGGGUCACCCCAGACCUUUUCAUCCCACAUCAAGGAGUCCAGCACCGGGAUGACGGUGGUGUUCUUGGGUAUGAAGAGGCUGUUGAGGGUCGUGUCCCUGCCCGUAUCACGAUCGAUGCUGAGCGGGAUCAGGCUGCUGAACCUCUGCGUCUCCAUGAUGAAUGCGCUGACGUACUUCAGACUGGGUUUAUGCGCCAGCGUCGGGAGCUUGUCAGUGCCCACCACUUCUUUGAUCUCCUGGUACAGUUUCUCCUGGAUGUCCGGGAAGUUUAUCAUGUACAGGACUCCGAACAACAGCGUCGUGCUGGAUGUUCCAGUCCCGGCGUUAAACAGAUCCCAUGCUGAGUACAACAUGUUCUGUUCGUUUAUGGAUGUUCCAAUAUCACCGGAUGACUUUUUCUUCCGCAUCUCCGCCAGGUAAGCCCCGAUCACCGUCCCGGCCGUUUCGUCGUGCCCCAAGUCCUGCGUCUCACAUUCGUGUAUGAACUUGACGAAAUAGGCUUUCAUCGCCGAGAUGUAGUCCUGGAGCUCCCAGUAAUGAAACACGUCCCCGGGGACGUACCUGAUCAGCCUGUAGAAGAAAUGGAUGGGCGAGGAAGGGGAGGCUAGCUCGAAUGCCCUUGCCGUGUGGGCCUGCAUCGAAACGAAAUGGGGAUCAUGGUAGUCGAACCUUCUUCCGAACGUGACGCAAGAAAUUAUGUUACUAAGGCUGGCUGACAAAAGGUAACGCAAACUAAUGGGCUGCCCCUUGGCGCCUGCCAUCUCUUCCAACAGGAACCCCAUUUCCGUGUUGAUUCCUUCGGCCAUGACAUUUCUCCCCAUGCCCAGCGAUCGUAGAGUAGACUGGAGGAAGCUCCUCUGCUCUUUCCACUCUUCACCCGCCGUGGAGAUGACGCCAGCGUUGUUGAACAGCACGCAGUGGAGGAAGCUGUCUGAUCGGUUCAUGAAGACCGUGUGCUGUUUCACCAGGGCUUCGUAGAUAGUGUCGUAGCCGUUUAUGAACACAACUUUUCUUGUGCCAUAUAAAACACUGAAAACGUCUCCGAACCUACAGACGGAAAUAAAGGACGGUCAGGAUUUAGUUAUUUUAUGUGCCAUGAAGAACUCUGACUUAAUUUAAAUUCUGUUGUGUUAUUUUCUCAAAAGGCUUCAAAUUUUCAAACUGUUUAGAUAAUUAUAUUUUUAUAUACUUAAACUAAACGGCUCCAAGCUCUGAUAACUUGGAGGUUUUCGAAAUUAAAUACCAGAGAACUAACUAUAAUUUUUGUGUUUGUGAUGCUAGUAAUGUAUUUAUUUUAAUUUUAAAAAAAAUUAUACUACUCCUUACAAUAAGUAAGUUGAAAUAGAAUAAAAAAUGUGUGAUCUGCUGUGCCAUCUAAAUGACAAGUAGUAUUCAAUUCUAAAAAUAAAAUGCACCUUCACACACUCCAGCUCUAAGGCUCAGUUUACAUGAUUAAAUUUGCGUCCAACUUUCGUCACACUUAUUUUGGAACGCACUAUUUUAUUUUUACUAAAGAGUGUGUUCAAAAUGAAAUUUGCGUAAUACUGGACGCACGUGUGACAACAAAUUGAGUUACUGAGAAUUACGGUGCAAAAAAAUAAAUCUUUAUAAAAAUAAAAUGCUUCUAAAGCUAGUAUAUGUUAUAUAGAUUGAUUCAAUACAAGAGAUUUAGACAUACACUUUGAAGCAAAUGAAAUAUUCCAUGCCAUGCUAUCACACAUGUCUACCUCGUUGUUUCGAUUGAUAUGAACAAAUUGAAUCAACUAUGAUGACCAAUCAGAGGUAAGGCGAGUCCUACCCCGGGCGGCUGUCCCUUCUGACGCUGUUCGGACAUCCACCACCAGGCCAACAACAGGAACGUCACAAAUAUCAAGGCCACGUCCAGCAUUUUCUUUGGACAGAUGAAAGGACAUAAAGUUAAAAUAGUCUUUCUUUUCAAAUUAUCAGAUCCCGACUUGUUAGGCCUUACAAAAGAUAGCCUGUGAUUCGUUUUAAAAUGUUCUUUGUCUAGUGUUAAAUGUGCACAUGUGUAUGUAUCAGAUGCUAUUUUGGGACACCGACUCUUGGGACACGCAUCAUGGGAACCACUGUCUCACAAAAGUUCCUUAGAACAACCUACACUGAUCGUUGUAUUUACCUUUUUUUAAAAAUUGUAUAUUAAUGUAUAGCAGUGUCAUGCACCGUUUAUUUAAAACUUCACAAUAAUAUUAGCCACUUGUAGCCACCCCCCUCCCCACAAAAAAAAAAAAAAAAAAAAAAAAACAACAACAAACUAAAUAAAAGUAAAUUAAUUUAAGUUUAGGAAAUCGUUUCAGCAAAACUGUUAAUAAAUUAUUAGUUUGUGGAGUAAUACCCCCCCCCCACCCAAAAAAAAAACAAAGAACAAAAAACAACACCAUUUUUGUGUUGUUGGUUUAACAGGAUUCCAAAUUACUUCUUAUUGAUUCCUGAUUUUUGAACAAACUUUAUUGAUCCAUUCUCUAGACCACAGCAAACUAGAGAAACUUAAGUUGUUUUAGGCAUUUCCUCUUGUGUUUUGUCUUCAGAAGAAGGCUUUCAGUUUCAGGCCAAUUGUUCUAUUUUUUAUUGUCAUGUUCAUUCACUUCAAGCUCAAUUAAAAAAACAAAAACUUGUAAACGAUUUCUUUUAUUUUUCAAAAGUUAUUGAUCUGCAGCUAUUUAUGCUCAACAUACUGAAAUGGCAAUCUCGGCUGAAUUUCUUGCAGGAGAACCUUGACUUCUGGUUAAAUUGGGCAUAUUGUAACGUCUUUUUUUUUUACAAUGGCUUCGUUUCGCGUAUCCUCUUUCUGUUUGACUUCUUCAUGCUCUGCUGUUCGCCAGCUGGAAAGGUGCUCAGCGAUGAUCUCCCAUUCACUUAUUUAUAUGUUGGCUUCAUGGGCGCCCCCAGAAAACUUUCUAGGGGAGGGGGUGCAAAAAAAUCGAUUAACUUUCCAGGAGGGGGGGGGCAAACAUUUUUAGUAAUGUUUUAAUGUAGUUUUAAUUUAGUUUAAAUCAAUAUAGGGGGGGGGGCGCUUGCCCCCCCUUGCCCCCCCCCCGGCCGGGGCCCCAUGGUUGGCUUCCCUCAUACUCCUUUUCGACCUUCCUCCAUUCUCCUUACACGACCUAACCAGCGAAUGCUAAGCUUGCUAGGAGCGGAGAAUAUGCUAAACAUUUUUGAACGUUCCAAGACCUCUGUGUUAGGCACCUUGUCCUUCCAUCGAAUACUCAAAAAUGCGACACAGAACACAUCUUUGAAUGAAGCUGUUGAGUUUCCGCUCAUGAGUGGCAUUUUUUGGUCCACACUUUACUGCCAUAUAGGAGGGUACUAAGCACAAAUUCCGGACAGUCAAUUAAUUUUGUACUAUUACUUAAAUUAAGAUUAUUCCACGCCGGCUUAUUCAAUUUAGCUUUGCUGGCUGCAUAUGCAUAUUGAUUUUACAUAUAUAUAGUUGCUGACUUUAUUUGCUAAAUAUUCACACUCUUUCAUUACUCAUGCUAAUCCUUUCUGUAAUGCUAAUUAUGCUUUUGAAAUGUCUUUGAUUUUAAACAAUUUAUGUUACAACGUAUAGUGAGCUAGUUGUAUCGAGCCAUGUCACGAGUAGGCCUUGAGCCAUGGUGGACAAAUUGAAAAUUUAGUCACUAUACAAUCUUAUAUCACUAACAAUUAGAAACUUUUCCGAAAUGAGCCGAGUCUGCAAAGCUUUCUGCCUCGCACAAACACAAAUUUGUCUUCUAUUAUUCCAUUUUAGAGAGAACGAUAUCAGCCAUUCUAAAUUAAAUUGUGUAAAAUUUCAUGGAUAAACAACCCCAACCAAAAGACAAUAAAAUAUAUGCUGUUAAGUUCAAAGUGCAAUCAAAACUUACUGACUUCUUGUAGAGUAAAGUUAUAAAAAAAAAAAAAAAUCCCUUCACGUUUGAAAGAUUUUGGCCGCAACUGAGCUGUGCAGAGAGCUGCACAAUCAUGCAGUGAAUGCCGUCUGAAUGUUUCACAUGCGUUACAUUUAGACGAACGAAAAUUUUGUCAAGCGAAGCCGAGUCCAUGAACCCUGCUUUACAUUCCAUGCAGCGGUACCACAAUUGUUGGGCUACUAUGGGCCUGACUUGUUCUACAACGUCGAUAGCAGGUUUAAGGGGUUUUGCAACUAAUGUACUCUAAGAAGUCGAGGUCAGUGUCCAGCCUCGCGUCUCACCAUUGUUGAUUUAUCAAAAUAUUUAUGUCGUUUAAACUUUUAAGUUAUAUUUUUCCACAUUGACCAGAUUUACCACAUUGACCACAUUGACCAUUUGACGACAUUGACCACAUCAGCCACAUUGGCCAAAUUGGCCACAUUGACCACAUUGACCACGUUGGUCACAUUGACCACAUUGGCCACAUUGACCACAUUGACCACAUUGACCACAUUGACCACAUUGACCACAUUGACCACAUUGACCACAUCGGCCACAUUGGCCACAUUGACCACAUUGACCACAAUGACCACAUUGACCACAUUAUGCACGUUUUAAACAACAUUGUGUAAAUGAGUUUAUUUAAAAGAAAAAAGUAUAAGUCACUUAUGAAGAGGAACAAAACACAAUAUCAGAUAAUUUAUUUUGUUGCUGUUAUUCUUAGAAUCAAAACCAUUACAUCGUCGGUAAUCAUUCCUUAAAACAGUCAUAAUAAUCCAAAUUGUCCACACUCAUCAUGUUGAUUUAAUGUCAUAAAAAUUCAUUGACAUAUUUAUGGAAAUUUGGUGAUUCAAAGCCAUGUUUACUUUUAAUUAAUGUUAAAAGUUUUUUUGUUUUUUUAAAGUUUUUUUUAAAAUAUCGACUUCAUUAAAAUGAAAUAAGAAAAAAUGUGAUCGCCCCUCUGUUGCUCUUAUUUCUUUAUGAACGAACGUUUCAAAUUUGAAAACAACUUCGUAUCUACGCCUCUGGUCAGAAUACACAUAUUUUAUUUUUAGGGUUCGCAGUGACGGACGCAUUCAAGCGUAAACGGUACGCAGGGCGGUCAGGCCGGUCCUGGAUUUGUAUUAAAAGUGCAGCGAGUCAUAAUGCACUGAUGUCCCGCACGGCGUGGGCUCCCCGUUGAUUUCGUGGCGGUGCUUCUUUGAGGGUCCGCCUAGUUAUGUCCGUUAGGAGUGCAUUGAGUUUACAGACUCCGGUUGGGUUUAUUUCUUUUAAAAAAUAGUCUGUAGUACACGCCACAGUAGAGCCUAUUUGUGUUCCUUCUAGUGACGUCAUGCUGACGGCACGACGCCACGUAGAAAAUACGUGUACUUGUAGGUCUCACUAUCACCAACUGCUGUGCCUACUCGUAAUAACAAACGUGUGUUGUCUCAAGGAAGCAGGCUCAGACGACUGAUUGCGAUGCACAACUUGCGAACUUUAUAUAGAGCCGUGCCUUAAAACUGUCACCUUUUAAACUUGCCCUACUUUUAAAAAAUGUGUUUUAAAAAAAAUAAAUAAAAAUAAUAGAAGAAAUUAUUGGUAGUUAUAAAGUGUUUGUUCUUGUGAUUUAUCAAAAACUUAAAAAAAAUAUAAACGUCUGUAUUACUUACUAUUAAAAAAUAGAGAAAAAUUAAAGCUGCUUAAAAAGCAGUGUUAGCCCAUACGCCAGCUCGAUGAGAAAAACAAAGUGGGAGGGGGGGGGGAGUAGACUGUCAUUAAUUGACUUGAAAAUAAUAAAUUAAAGUACACACCCCGUAUACAAAAAUCAAGACAUGUACACAACCACGAGCAAAGAUAAAUGUACGCUUAUUGAGAACCAAGUACACAUGGAAUAAUAUGUGCGUCUUUAGAAGGAGUGUUUCUUGCAGGCAUAUCUCCGGCACCAUCAUGCCUAAUUUUGUAGCUUUGUGUGCAUUUAAUACUAUUAUUAAUAAUAUUAUCAUUUUUGUUUUUAAACAACUUCACACUUUCGACAGCUCCGUUGCUCGGCAGAAACACGUAUUCCGUCCAUUCCAAAGACACACACUAAAACAUACGGUGAACGAUCUUGCUCUUUCUGCGCCCCAAAACAAUGUAAUUCUCUCCCACUAUGCAUCAGGACUAUACCGACCUGUACAUUUCAAAACUGCACUCAAAACAAAUCUCUUUAAACGCUACAAUCCUGACUGAUUCUCCCCCCCCCCACCCAAAAAAAAUAAAUAUUGUCGAUAAAUGAUGCUUGAUGGGUGCCGUCCUUGGCUUUACAUGUAAAUAUUUCUGGGGUGGACACAAAAACCUACGGUGAAAGACCUUGCUCUUUCUGCGCCCCAAAACAAUGUAAUUCUCUCCCACAAUGCAACAGGACUAUACCGACCUGUACAUUUCAAAACUGCACUCAAAACAAAUCUCUUUAAACGCUACAAUCCUGACUGAUUCUCCCCCCCCCCCACCCAAAAAAAAUAAAUAUUGUCGAUAAAUGAUGCUUGAUGGGUGCCGUCCUUGGCUUUACAUGUAAAUAUUUCUGGGGUGGGUGGUGUGAACAUACAUUGCUUUUGCAUUUUUUUUAUACAGCUGUUUUUUAAUUAAAUUAAUCUAAUUUUUUUAAUGUCAUGGUUAUGGUUGCUAAUUUUUGUAUGUGCAGCGUGGUGAGCCUAGCCCUAGGCUGGGGUUACCCGCUAUAUAACCACUAAUAAUAAGAGUAAAGAUGUGCAUAAUAAACUGUCGUUCUAAAGUGACCGUUAGUUACGUGUGUCUGUGUGAGAGACAUAGAGAUAGAUAGAAAGAUAGAUAGAUAUAUAGAGAGAGAGAUAGAGAGAGAGAUAGAGAGAUAGACAGACAGAGACAGAGAGAAAGAGAGAGAGAGAUAGAUAGAUAGAUAGAUAGAUGAUAGAUAGAUAGAUAGAUAGAUAUAUAGAUAGAUAGAUAGAUAGAUAGAUAGAUAUAUAUAUAUAGAUAGAUAGAUAGAUAGAUAGAUAGAUAGAUAGAUAGAUAGAUAGAUAGAUAGAUAGAUAGAUAGAUAGAUAGAUAGAUAGAUAGAUAGAUAGAUAGAUAGAUAGAUAGAUAGAUAGAUAGAUAGAUAGAUAGAUAGAUAGAUAGAUAGAUAGAUAGAUAGAUAGAUAGAUAAUAGAAAAAGGGUGAGAUAGAGAGAGAGAGAGAGAGAGGAGAGAGAGAGAUGAAGGAUCAUGAAUUCCAAGAAAUACUAUAAAAUUUAAAAACACAUAUUUUAAACCUCCACAAUUUUUAAGGACACACAAUUGGGACGAACACAAUUUAAAUAUAAUAUUUUGUUGACAAUAGGUUUUUAAACAUAUUCCAAUUCCGUUAUAAGACUAUGUUGUGUCUUAAUGAGUCUAUGACCCUUGACCGGGAGCAAUGGCUUGGGUUUUGGUGUUCGUUUCUUAUAGGGUGGUGUCAUUAGUGUUAAAUGUCUUUAGUUUAUCAUCUUUACGAGUGUAAAGCAAACCAAAAACGAAAUCAUAAGAGCUAAGAUUUCCCGUAAAAGUAAAUACGUGAAAAAAAUAUACUUCCCUGAGGCGUUACAUUAUCGUCUCUAUUUCGUGUAACUUCUGGAGGGUUCAUCUGGAUUUUAAUAUAAUUUCAUUUUUUUUUAAAUUUCAGAAUGUUACCGUAACAUGUGCAACGGGGAAGUAUCCACCAGAUCCAAAGUAAGAGAUCUAGAUAUGCUUGAAGAGUUUCAAAUGUAAAUGUUUUCUUAGAUACUUUACUUACAAUAGUCUAUUGUGUUGAAAUACAAGUGGGGAGGUGGAGAACCAAAAAUAAGAGGAAGAGAGAAACAAGAGAGAAACAAGAGAGAAACAAGAGAGAAACAAGAGAGAAACAAGAGAGAAACAAGAGAGAAACAAGAGAGAAACAAGGGAGAAACAAGGGAGAAACAAGAGAGAAACAAGAGAGAAACAAGAGAGAAACAAGAGAGAAAAAGAGAGAAACAAGGAGAAACAUGAGGGAAACAAGAGAGAAACAAGAGAGAAACAAGAGAGAAACAAGAGAGAAACAAGAGAGAAACAAGAGAGAAACAAGACAGAAACAAGAGAGAAACAAGAGAGAAACAAGAGAGAAACAAGAGAGAAACAAGACAGAAACAAGAGAGAAACAAGAGAGAAACAAGAGAGAAACAAGAGAGAAACAAGAGAGAAACAAGAGAGAGAAUGGUUGUGAAAAAAAAAAGUGUCAGAUUUCCCCAGGGAUUGGUGAAAGUGACUGGGGAAAAUAGUCUGAGAUAGAGAAAUGAGUCAGAGGCGGCUGAGACUGACAGAGAUAGAUGGAAUUAUAUAUAGUUAUAUAAUAAAUAUGGCAUUCUUCGGUAUACGCGAGACAAUGGGGUGGCAAUGGACACCUCAUCAAAUGGCUCAUGAGGCGGAUCCUGAAAGGAUAGGCUCGACUGCACUUCUCGCAGGAGCAGCUUGACUCCUGGUUAAAUUUCGCCUUCCGCAGUUCUCUUUGUGUUGCAAAGGCUUCGUGUCGCGCAUGCGUUCCUUGCGUUAUAAAUGAACUCUGCUCCUCAUGAAGUGUCGUGCCCAGUGCAGCUGCAUAGCCUGGGCGCUGUUUCAUGGAGACAAGCUGUUGCCCGAUGCAGCAGAUCCCCACUCUCCACGCAGCCAGUGGAUCCAAGAGAAUGUCAAAUUGUCAAUACAGUUUGCCACUGAAUGCAUUGCAGGAGUUGCGGAGAUGACAUUGGUACCAUCGUCAGAUCGCUUUCGGGACUCCAUAUCCGUAUUUGACGUUUGGGUUUCCAUCCAGAAUUCUUACCCUAGCUUCCAGCAUUGAUUUUACAUAUUUAUACUGCUACUGAUUCAACACUUCCCAUUUUUCAUCAAUAUAUUUUUGAUUGGGAUUACUUAUCUCUUAAAUGCUUGAUUGGUUUUAGAUAAUGAUAUUUCUUUCCCCGGUUUUUUGCAUUUUGCAUUAUAUGUGUUUUCUAGUUUCCCAAAAAACCAAAACUCUCCAUCUUAGUUUAUAAUAAUAAUUAUCAGGUUUAUCGUUAUGAUGUCAUUUUGACAACGAUAUUCAGAUAACAAGAUAAACAGAGGUGUUGCGCCAGAUGUUGAUACCUCUGACCUUAUCUUAAUUUUCGAUAACCUGUAUUGAAUGUUUGAAUGUAUUUAUGGUUAAGUGACCAGUGCACUGGCUUCAAAACACAACGACAACAGGUUUUGUACAUUCUGCCACAUUUCGAAUUGUUCGACUUCGCCUUGAGCUCUUUUUAAGAGUGAAAAUGCAAUGUAAAAUUAAGAGCUUCAGAAUUUUAUUAACGUGUGACUUACAACAUAAAUUAAAAUCUAAAUACAUAAUUAGUAUUAAAAUGUGAAAAUUUAUAUCAUACAUUUAAAAGGAAAUGGCUCUUCUGUUCUUACCAUCAAUUCCUUGACGUAUUCUCCAAAAUUCCACCUGGCAUCCCCAGCGGUGCGAGCACCCCAGGCAGGGCAAAAGCAGACGAAAACGAAAAAACUAGCCUCAAAACAUGUCGCUCACGUCUAAACUCAUUCUUCUAAAAUCCUAAGAUAGGUUUGUACAAAAUAAAAUUAUGAUUUUAUACUGGAAAGACAUAAUCAGUGCUAGCACUGCACCCCACCAGAAGCAUACUACACCUCCCCAAGGCAUAACACACCUCGAGCAAACCCCACACUCAGGCACACACUGUACCCAAAGCGCACCUCCUCAGCCUCGGGCACACUACUCCCCGAGCACACUACUCCCCGGGCACACUCCCCCACGCCUCAGACAUACCACCCUGCCUCCAGUUAUACUCACUUCCAUAAAAGUAUUCACAACUACAUCACGUGAUGUGUAUAUUGAUAGCUGAACGAAAAGGUCCUGAACUACUUCUACUCACGUGACGAAAAUCUGCACACUUAGGCAGAAAGCAGAAAGCACACGUUGACACGACACACGCGGUAACAUAAUAUCUUGUUCUCUGGUAACAUGUAAAUUACUCAUUCACACACUGUGCAUGGACGUUUUUUAUUCGAAUUGGGGUUUAAACAGUGUAAACAGGAUGUAAGACCGCGCAAGGCUGUGGCUGUUGCAUGUUUAUAAAUAGAACAAGUGAAGCAAUUAAGAAAAAGAAACAGGAACAAAAACCAGUUUGAAAUAGUUGUGAAUAUAAACAAACGUAUACAUCUGCUGUACACAGUCGUGAAAAUAGAAUAUUCUUGUGAGUUAGAUAUGCGCGAGGACGUUGGGGUUUUGUAGUAACUAAAAUGAAAGUUUAGACAGCAUAAAUUUCAGAAGAUACACGGUCAAGUGUAGUAAAAUCACUAAAAUGAACACAUGGAGACUAGUUGAAUAUAGAUAAACAUACAGUGAUUUUGUUUCAUGUUUCGGAUAACUAGUUUGCUGAUACGAAAAAAAAAAGGAAAUUAAAGGAAAUAAAAUUACAUUUAUUUAUUUAUUUAUUUAGGCAUUUUUAUAUAGCGCUUAUCAUAAAGCUCUAAGCGCUUUACAAUUAUUAAAACAUGUAAACUAAGUAAAUACAAAUGAGACACUAGGAUAGUAACUACUAUUCUAUAGAAACAAUGAAAAUGGCUAUAAAAAGAGGACACUUUGACACUUCAGGAUUAAACCGAAACAGAAAAUUAGGUAGGGCAAGGAGGGUGCAUCACAGGUCAUAGGCGGACCUAAACAGAUGAGUUUUAAGGGACUUUUUGAAAAUGGACGAGGUUUCACUAUGACGUAUAUGGAAGGGGAGCUGGUUCCAGAACGUGGGCCCAUGGAAGCAGAAGGAGCGUUCACCGAUGGUCUUAGUUUUAGUUCUUGGGAUUGAGAGGGUUCUACUGUCAAUGGAAGAACGUAGAACAUUUAGGCUUGAAAUAUUUUUUCUUAGCAAUACAUUUUCUUCGGUCACAUUUUGUAUGUAUGCAAUUCAAUGUUUUUAUUUUUUUUUAAUAGAACAAAGGUGGACACAUAUGUGGUCAAUCUUGACCUUUUGCCUAGUCAAAGAUGGGCGGAGCUAGCGAAGGCCAAAGGACCCCAGGUUAAUUCUUUUUUUUCGAAACCAUUCCUGAACGUUUUCUUGAGCCAUAUUCUCACCCAUCUCCCCAAGGGGAAACAAAAACAUAUGACAUUUAUUUUGUUUUUUAUUCUGAAUUGUUAUUUCUAAGUUGUAAUCUCGGCAAAAAAUAUUCUAACUUAACAACUUAAAAAAAGAUUUGGUCAUGCUUCUAUGCUAUACCAGCAGUACAUUUGAGAAAUUCCUGGUCACCGAAUUGUGUCAAACUUGUUAUCUCAGAUCAAAUAUCUUGUGGACGGCUUCAAAGAAUUUUUGGAAGACUUCGGACAAGCGGGAAAGGACAUCGUUGAAUUUCUGGACAAUAGGGGCGUAAGUUUAGAAGAGUUUUAUUGUGCUGACCUGUAGCGUACUAUAUGGAGCCAGUAUGUAUGUCGAUGUAUUAUACUAAUGGGUGAUUCCCAGGCAAAUGUUGACCAUCGACCAUUGAUUAGUAGAAAUGAGUGAUAUUUAACUACCAAAGUUUUGAAACCACGAAUUGGGGAAAAAUAAUAAAGAUAUUCCACAGGAGCUCAGAGAUGACACGUGAGAGGGGAAGGGCGCCAGGGAGAUGACGUGUUAGAGAGUGGUUGAGUAUCAUAGAUUGAGUUAGUAGGCGUGUCAUAGAAAUGGAGCCUCAUAGAAAUGGUGUGUCUUAGUUAGUGCGUCCGAAUGUGAGCGUGUCAGGGAGUAAGCGUGUCGGAGCCACGUUGGGGUGUUGCUAUACUGCAUGCCAGAGAGUUGGCGAAUCAGAGAACAUUGCGUAUGAAAGAGUAGGCGGACCGGAGAGACAGCGAGUCCAAGACGAAGUAAGUUGGCGUGUCAGAGAAGGGGCGUGUCAGAGUGAGGCGUGUCAGUGAGUAGGCGUGAUAGAAUAUGGGCGUGUCAGGUAUUUGACGUGUCAGAGAGAUAGUGUUUCAUAGACGGAGUUAGUUGGUGUGUCACAGAAAGAGCGUUUCUGCGAGACAGCGUGUCAGAACAGGGGUUUGCCAGAGCAGGGGCGUUUCAGAGAAAGGGCGUGUCAGAGAGAUGGCGCGUCAGAGAAUGGGAGUAUCAGAGAUGGCGUGUAGAAUGUAUGCAUUAACAUUUAUUGACAGUACUUUGAUAUCUUUUUUUUUCCACUGGCAAUUACUCUACUGCAUUUUAUGCAUGGAACAUUCUUUUUUUACUAGGGAGACUUGGUUGUUACGCUGCCACCACCAUUUGAUCAAGAAAUUAGAGGCAUCGCACUGGCGGCUAAUAUGAAUUUAGGUGUGCCUAAAAUACACAUGAAUUAUAAAUGUAUUGGCGCUGAAGUACGACAUGAUUAUCACACGUUUAUUAUUUAAGAAUUAAUUCGUUAAUUGUUUUAAAUAUUAAAGCUAAUUCCAUAUUGUUUUAUCCACAAAAAAAAAAUUUUUUGGUUUUAUUUAUUAGGAGAAGUAAUUCUGUACAACCUUUUCUACGAGUUCUCUACCUUGUGCACAUCGAUAGUGACGGAAGAUGCUGAUGGUAAGGCCCCUACCAAAUACAUAGUUUGAGUUUAAACACGUAUCUUGAAUAGAAAACUUAGCCCGGUUAUGUGGUCCACAAUAACUCAGCUUUGUUUACUCUUAAGGAAAUUUGUUUCAUGCAAGAAAUUUGGACUUUGGACUUUUGUUCGGGUAUGUAUACAUCAUUAUGCAAGUCAACAUAUUAAAAAUGUAAUUACAAUUAUAAAAAAAAACCCACCAAAAAAACCCACUUUAUGCUCUGAAGAAAGGUGUUUGUAUUUAUUGAUAUAACACCAAUGGUAAGCUGUUACCAGAAUAUGACAUUAUCUAACUACCGUAUAAUUCAUGACAAGCGUACUCAGGCUUGUGCUGUCGUGGCCUCCUCAGCUGGGACGUUAGCAACAAGACCUGGACAGUCACGGAGAGACUGAGACCUCUGAUUGUCAACCUGGACUGGCAGAGAGGAGGCGAGACCGUGUUUAAGUCAGUCAACUAUGCCGGCUACACGGGGAUCCUAACGGGGGUCAAACCUGUGAGUACGAGGGCGUGCAGCCGUGCGUGGUGAUGCGGGGAGGAGGAGGGGAGGAAGAUCAAUGGGAGCAAAGUUAUUCGUACCUCAAACACUGUGAUUCCGAAUCCUGUCACAUUUAAGCCCCUAUUUGGCAACCAACGGAUUAAUUCCGCACUUUUCAACGUGUGCGAUCUGACAUUGAUAUUUACGCACACAUAUGCAUUCUCCUGAUGAUCCAAUGAGCGUUGGGUAGAAGGCAGACAAAUAUUCAAUUUACACAUAAAAAUAAUGGCUAAUAAAUUCAAAGUGAUAAAAAAUUUUUUUUUUUAAAUUCAAAGGCUUUGUGAUAUAGUUUAUUACCAACGCAAGUAACGCUAUAAGAGUUGUGAAAUGUACUGAAAGAAGAAUUAUGAUUUUUCCAAUACACAAUAAAACAUAGAAGAGAAACAUAAGGUUUCCCAUCAGUGGCGCAGCUAGGGGCACUACAGCCAGUAGGGGAGCAGAUAUGUUUGUCAUCACCUGAAAAAAAAAAAAGCAACUCUUCAUAAUUUUUACUCCUCUAUUAAUAAUUGAUAUAAAGCAAAAAAAGUGCCCCCCCCCUCCCCCCAGGACGGACCGCCCCCCCCCCCACAUCCAAGUCCGACGCCACUGGUUUCCAUAGACAUAAAGUAAAAUAAUUUGAUUCUUGCCCUCCUAAAAAAAACAACAAAAAACUAUAUCAAUAAAAUAUUAAUAACAAAACGAACUAAAACAGAAAACAAUAACAACAACAAAACAAACAAACAAACAAACAAACACACAAAAAGCAAAACAAAGGGUAAAGUUAUGGGGAGAAAAACGAAAGAAUUUAUAAGUCUAUGUUAUUCUGAAAAUCGCCAAGCCUUAUAUACCAAUACUGCAUUUAAUAAGGAUUGCUAUUUUAAACGAACUUACAUUUUGAACAUGCCAAGAUUGCAGACAUAACUCGAAAGUCGUCUAACCAAAGAAAGUGCGUGCAUGACCUAAGGGAGUAUAUUUAUUCAAGUGCUGAGGUAAGAGUGCACAUUUCAACGGAGAUGAUCUCAACCCCUUAAUCAUUGGGCUCCGGCCAUGACAUUUUUUUGUUUUACAUAGUUUCAAAGGGAUCAAAUGUUCUGUAAACCCCAAACUUCAGAACCCGAUUAAAGCGUUUGAGUCGUCAGUCUCGUCUACAUAAUUUGCUUCUGGUUCGUCAUGCUUCCUUGCACCGGAACCCCACUUCACAUGUUUUAUAUUAAUUGUACUGAGCGAAAAGAAAAGCUGUCACGCAGCAAGCUUUCAUGCGUGACCUCUGAAAUACUAGAAUUGUAUUAGUCCACAAAGAGCUGCGGGUAUGGUUCAGGGCUCCCUGUAGGACUGUUUGUAGACUUUCUGGAGAACAUUCCGUAGGCCUAUUUCAUAAAGGCCCACACGUGGAGUGAGGACUGCCUGUAGGCCUAUGUGUCUAUAGCAGGCCUGCACAACUGCGAAAUGUAAGGCGGGCCGUAAUACAUUAUAAAGAAACUUGCGCAGGCCGACAGGAAAUAGAAGAAUGUGGUGGUGAUUGGGGGGGGGGGGGGGGGGUGGGGGCUAUUAAGAAAAUAAUAAUAAAAAAGAAUAGUUCGUUAGUUUGCGGGCCGCAAAUUGGUUGCUGGCGGGCUGUAUGCUGUGAAGGCCUGGUCUAAAGGUCAGCACAUAUCAUAGAAAAUGCGAUGUUAACUCUUUUGUUUUAACACUUGAAUCCAACAGAUAUUUUCUUAAUGUACCUGUACCCGAUGUUUUAACAAAAUGCACCCGGUUAAGCCCUAGUAUAAAAUAAAUUAACUGUUUCAUAUAUUGUGUCUCUUGGAGUUCCUCGAUGCAGGAUUUGGAUUCCACUUUAUAACAAAUACUAAUUGAAAAAUAAAUUCCGUUUAAUGAGCCGAUGAUGAAUUAUUUGACUAAGACCCCACGCCUUUAGCCAGCAACAGCCAGGGAAGCCUUACUAAUAAAGAUCAAUACUCGGAGGUCGAGAUUCUAUCUCUUAGGACCUCGGCCAUGAAACAUGGCCAAGUAGUCCCUGGGGACUCCGGCCAUGCAACACGGCCUUGAGUAACGGGGUUUUGGACAGGUUGCUUCCACUCAUUAGGGGACAGUUUUGCGUCACAGCCCCCCUUGCCCAUUGAGUCUUACGGUCGGGACGUUGGGUGGAACGGCUUUACUUCCUCUCCGGAGAUGACGUUACGUUGCCACCCCGAACCGCCCAGGGAGCCGUGCGUUCCUUGGUUCCUUGCGCACGGCUUUGCCUCCACUCCGGGAGUAGUCACAAGCUUGACUUUCUCCCAACGUUCCUGGGAGUUGUGUGGACAUGGGUCAAAACGGCUUUAAUUCCUCUCCGGGGGAGGCGUUUACCUCAACCCACCGUUCGGGGAGUGGUUCGGUCUGGACUGUGUCGGGACGAAACGGUCGCCUAGGAGCGGCUUUCUCAAGGCCGCAUGUUUGUAAUCCUCGGCAAGGGUUUUUAAAGAAAACCCAAGCCUCAUAACCAUUAUUUGCGACACGUAAUCAUGUUAGCGCGCAACUUCCGUUGCGUAGGAAGUCAUGCGUUUUGACUGGGUUUUUUUUAGCUUCAGAAGGAAAAUUCCCCCCCUACUAGUCUGUCACGCCACGAAGAGGCAAAUCCCUUGUAACACCACUCGAGCAAGUGGUGCUGAGCAGGAACCUCACAGAGCUCAGCCCCUGCCCGACCGGGAAGGCAUUACUAGAUAUACGAACCAACGGUACGCCAUAUAGAGAUGGGGGGCCAAGUUCCUACUUCAUAAAUUCAAGUUCUUAAUAUCCAAAAAAGGCUUAAUUACCAACGUUAUCUUACACUCAUUAUUUAAAUGCGGUAAGCUGAAGGGGCGUAAAUAAUUUUGAAUGCGCUUAAAUGACAAGGGAGGAGCAGGGACAAUAAAUGAGGGAAGAACAAGAGGAGUAAAUCACAGUGAAAGAGCAGGGGCUGUAAAAGAAGAGGGAAUAUCAGGUGUCAGUAAAUCACAAGGUAUGAAAAGGGGCAAUAAAUUAGAAGAAAUGAACAAGGAAGAGGUAACUUGCAAUGGCAGUAAGUCUCAAGUCAAAGAUAUGAGCAUUAAAUGAAGAGGGGAAAAAAGGGGCAUCAAUUUUAUUGAAAAAAGCUUGAAAAGGAGCAGUUAAUCAAAAGACACGAACAGGGGCAGUAAAUAACAAGGCAUGAACAGGGGUAGUAAAUGGAAGAACAGUUGAGAAUGAGUAACGAUGACAGGAUACAUUAAGCAUCAAGUGAACCUAGUAAAUUGCCACGCCAACAUCACGAAAGCCGGCUUCAUUCAAACCCAUGAUCUAUUUUCUCUCCCCGUAGAAGCUGUUCACCUUGUCAAUGAAUGCCAGAGACGACGCCUCCGGUGGUGGAAUAGUUGGUGAGCUACGCUAAUCAGGUUGAAAUAACAUUCUUUAAAACAUAAACGCAGUUAUAACGCAGCGUGAAGAGUUACAAUUAAACAUAGUUAAUUUCGAUGGUAAGUUUGAGUGGAGCGAAGUCAUGGCCUGUAGAGUUGGACAAGCCAGGUGAAAAUAUAAAGUUCUUUGUACGAUACCUUAGUCCAAAUUAUCAUUAAAUAAUAUCCUAUAUUACAUUAUUUGUAAUUUUGUAAUUAUUUUUCCUUGCAUUCUCCCCCCAGGCAUUCUAAAGUGGUUGCUAGGGAACCGGAACGAAUCCUGGAUAGGAUUCCUCACCAGAAAUGUUAUGGAGACGGCGACGAGUUUCAGCCAGGCCAGGGCCAUGUUGGAAAAUACGGUGGUCGUGGCACCGGCCUACUUUAUUGUGGGAGGGAAUAAGUCUGGUGAGGUAAGUGGGAAUACGUCAGACAACAGUUGUGUUGGGGGGGGGGAUGAUUUUUGACGGUUAAAGGGACGUAAGUCUUUCUCUCACUCACACACUACGAAGACAAUGAGUGACAUGGACAUCAGAUGUAAGGAACAUAAUUUAUGAACUCAGAUUUUGGGGAAUACAUAGGUGUAAACCAAGCUCCCCCCAACCCCCAACUUUAAAAAAAAAUUAGAAGGAAAUAAUUUGAGAGAUUUGCUAUUAUUUUUUUUUUGGGGGGUGGGGGGGGGGGGGGGGGGUUGGUGGUUGGGAUGUGCAAAGCCGGGUGUUAAUUUAUGCCUUAUAUUACUAUUACAUAACCCAAAAAUAUCGCCCAAAUUUAAUGUUAAGAUCGAAAAAAUGAUCUAACGGGUGUUAUUGGGCACGCAUUCGGAGAAAGUGAAGCUGGUAUAAUAAAAAAAAAAGCUUUAUCUGACUGCUUCAUCGGGUUUUCUUCUCCAUCGGCGCAAUCAUGGACUGAUAUAAAUGAUGUUUCUUUUCUAAAAUAAGAUUUUAUUGUUUGUAUAACGGAGUUGUUCAUUCCGUGAACGGAAUAAUGCAAUUUAUAAUAACUUCAUAAUCUCAAUUUCGUUUCAAGUUGUAUGUAAAUAUAAAUAGUUGAUAAGUUUUAAGUGAUUGCAUAACAGUUUCUCGACAGGCAUCUCAUCGAAAAAUACACUUCAACGACAGUACCAGUUGAUGAACUGUCUCUCGGUGAAGGGUUCAUAUCGGCGUUUCUUUUCAUAGAGGAAAUGCAAGUCGGAGACAUUUAUUUGCCGAUGAAGACCGUCGCUAAUUUGACUGCCAAAGAAAUGUCUGUCAAUGAAAUGGCUGUCAAUAAUAUGGCAGUCAAUGAAUUGGCUGUCAAUGAAACGGCCGUCGAUGUUAUGACUAUCAGAGAUAUAGCUGCCAAUGAAAGGGCUGUUAUUGAAAUGAUGUGCAGUAAAAUGGCCGACAAUAAAAUGGCUGUCAAUAAAUUACUGUGAAAUGGGGUGUCAAUGAGUUUACGUCAACGAAGUGACCUGCGACCCUUCAAUGCAUUUUAAAGAUGCUUUAUUUUUAAAUGGAAAUAUAUUGCUUGUUUAGUUUAAGGCUGUGCGAGAAGAGAGAGACUUUGUUGAAAGUUCCAGGGCAAUGGCUCUCAACAUUUUUGCAGUGCGCACCCGGCUUGAUUUCAAAACAUAUUUCCCGCAACCCCUAAAGGUCCCAUAAACUCAUGAUUAGUCCUUGAAACGAAGAAGGUCAUAGAAGCUAGAAACUCCCAAUAAACAUUUUAAGUUAAUGCACUGGUUUGGGAAAUCACACUGGCUCAUCCUCCUUCUGUCAAACCCUACAUAAAUAAAUAACCAAAGUUAAUCAGCCGGUUAAGUCCAGAAUGUUUAAAACGAAAUUAAGAAACGCCCCCCCCCCCCAACCCAACCCACCCAUACAAACCCGCACGCAAACCGUGGUAUUCUAGUGAACGUCCAUAAGAUACAGAAGCAUAUUGUGCCUUGUUGUUUGGUGCAUACAUGGCCGUCUCGUUAACGUGUGUACGUAGGCGUAGCCAGGGUUAGUAUAUUCAUGUGAGGGCAAAGCUUUUUGCUGGCCCCUUCCUCGACAAAAAAUACUCCGCAGGUCACCAAAAGUGCCCCACCCCCAUUCACCCCUGCGUGUCUUUAUUUUAAUGCGCUUUAUAUUAAUGUGUUUUAUGAAAUAAAUGAAAAUACAUUAUUUUCACGUUUGUAUUGAUCCCAAUUAACAAAUUGUAAUAUAGCCAGGGUUGUUAACAAUACUAAAAAAAAUUAUUGGCAAUACCAAUACCAAUACUGCCUGUAAAAUCUAUUGGCAAUACCAAUACCAAUACAAUUUUAAAACCAGUAUUGCAAUACCAAUACCAAUAUUUAUUUAUUAUUGCCUUACCAAUACCAAUAUUUGGGUCAUUCGACGAAUAAAACGCAAAUACGUAAUUCAUCGCUCUAUAUCACUUACAUCGAUAAACGAUAACAACAUUUUUGGCUAAUUUAGACAAUGUAUUUUUAACCAAAUUUUGUUCAAUAGUUAACACUUGCUUCAUCAGUUUUCCUCAAAGCAUUCAAAAGUCUUUGACAACAUAUUAAAUAAGUCGGCAUACCUUAACGUCCUUAAGCAACAAGAUUUUUAAUAUGCAUACUGUACACAUAUUGUGAAUGAAUGAAUGGAUGGAUGGAUGAAUGAAUGGAUGAAUGAAGCAAAUGACUGUCAUUUUUGUUUGUAGGCCCUAGGCACGGUGCCUAAAGUGCCUAAGCCUUAAUCGAGCCUUGGUAAGUCACUGGUCAAUGCUCAUUGCCAAAGAUAUCAUAUAUGAUUUGAUUUCUAUUAUCCUUUAUUUCAUUGAUCAGUCUCAUUCACAAAUUGUUUGGCAAUGUCACUCGCAAGAUGGCGACACCAAAGAAAAAUUUAUUAUAUUCAGCUUUAUUCACAACCAAUGUUGUAGAUAAUUUAUUGAAUAUUGCUUUUAGUAUUGGUUAAAAAUCAAUACCAAUAUCAAAAAUAAUUAUUGGCAAUACCAAUACCAAUAUCAAAUUUCAAGAAGUAUUGCAAUAUCGUCCCAAUACUUUAAAAAGUGUUGGCAAUACUACCAAUACCAAUACAAUAUUGCAAUAUUAACAACCCUGAAUAUAGCUUAUAUUAUAAGCUAAUCAGAUAAUCAACCUAUGUAUGUGAAAUAUCCUAACAAUCCUAAGAUAAGGAUGUUGAAAUGUCCUAACAGCCAUAAGAUAUGGAAAUGUCCUAAUGAUUUUUCCAGGGCGUUGUUAUAACAAGAGAGAGGAGCACCAACCUUGACACCUGGACGAUGAGGAACGCCUCUGGCUGGUACAUUCUGGAAACAAAUUAUGACCACUGGAAGUCGCCGCUGAUUAUCGAUGACCGACGGAGCGCCGCCCACAAGUGUAUGGACAAGAUGAGUCAGAAGGUGGGCAAACAGUGUUUCGUGUGAUACAUAUCCCCAUGGAAUAUUUUGGUUAAAAACUGACUCUUAAAGGGCAUGUCAAAAUACACGAUGAGAUAAUUAGGUACAGCGAAUGAAUAACUCUGAAAGGAAAUCGUUAAUCGUAUGACAAUAAAACGUAGUGACGUGUUGUGAGUGAAAUGUGAGUGUUUGAAUUGCCACUUCGAAAGUUGCGGUAUAAAGUAGACGUUGAGGUUACAGCUUUGAUGGCGUUGUCGGUUACAGUCAAAGUUAAACAACCCAAAUUACAAAGUUUUUUUUCCGUAUAUUUCCUUUUAAUGCAUUUUAGUUUCGACUUAGCGAUGGCUAUAGUUCCUAAGAAAUCAUUGCAUCAAAUUUUUUUUUUUUUUUCCCUGACAAUUCGAUGGUCUCAUAUUCCAAUAUUUCACUAUUCCAAAAUUCAUUUUUUUUUUUUUUUUUCUUGAAAUUUAGUUGUUUUAUAUUUCAAAAAUUUAAAUUUUAUAAAAUUCCCCCCCCCCCCCCAAAAAAAAAAUCCUGUUUAGCGUGAAGAAGAAGAUAAUUAUUUUUUUUUUUAAAAGGAUUAAUUUUUGACGUGUAUGCAAACGAGAAAUAAAUCUCUUUGUUAAUAAUUCGGAUUAGCCGUGUUAAGAUAUUGGUCGGAUAUCAGUUGGUCGAUGGAGAUACCCAAGAUAAGCGGUGUAAAUGUAACGGUCAGAUGUCUGUUGGUCAAUGGAAAUACUCAAGAAAAGAGCUGUAAAUAUAAUGGACAGACAUUUGUUGAGCAAUGUAGAUACUCCGGAUUAGCUGCGUUUAAUGUAAUGGAUAUCUCUUGGUCGAAACUAAACAAUGCUCUGGGUGUUUUGUUAUGGCAUCAAAUUUUGCUUUCUUGGUAUAUGACUUAUGAUUCUUGGCGGCACUUUAAAAAGGUCAAUUUCCUGUAAAAUGUAUUGCCCAUCAUAUCAUCUGCAACUGCAGUGUAUCCAAGCACUAAUGCAGACAUUCUGUUGAAUCCCAUAUCUUUUGAAGAAUUCAUUUAUCAUUCCAAAAACAAAUAUUAAAAAAAUGUCAAACUCAGUAUUCCGUUGUGGAAAUUAAUUGCAAAAUAAAGUCCUUUGAAGGAGUCCUCAUCAACUUCAUAUCCAUUACAUACUUCUGUAGUCACUUUAUGCCUCAUCCACAUAACAUUAUUACAUACUUCUGUAGAAACUUUAUGCUUCAUCCACAUAUUAUCCAUUACAUACUUCUGUAGUCACUUUAUGGCUCAUCCACAUAACAUCCAAAACAUAAUUCUGUAGUCACUUUAUGCCUCAUCCACAUAACAUCCAUUACAUAUUUCUGUAGUCACUUUAUGCCUCAUCCACAUAACAUCCAUUACAUACUUCUGUAGUCACUUUAUGCCUCAUCCACAUAAAAUACAUUACCUGUUUCUGUAUUCGCUUUAUGCCUCGUCCGCAUAAAUUACAUUACAUACUAAUGUAGUCACCUUAUGCCUCAUCCACAUAACAUCCAUUACCUGUUUCUGUAUUCACUUUAUGCCUCAUCCGCAUAACAUCCAUUACAUACUAAUGUAGUCACCUUAUGCCUCAUCCGCAUAAAAUACAUUACCUGUUUCUGUAGUCACUUUAUGCCUCAUCCACAUAACAUCCAUUACCUGUCUCUGUAGUCACUUUAUGCCCCAUCCACAUAACAUCCAUUAUCUGUUUCUGUAGUCACUUUAUGCCUCAUCCACAUUUUAUCCAUUAACUGUUUAUACAGUCAUUUAAUCCAUUUAUUUAUUUGAGGUGAAACGUAUCUACUUCAUUGACAUUAAAACCCCAAAAUUCAAUCGAAUAAUUGUACUCAACAUUGCGGUUGAAUAAAUGUAUCACCAUUAGUUUGUGCUAUAUUCUGUCGUUUAAUUUGCAGCCUCGCAUGCAGCUUUUGAGAAAGCGACAGCGAUCACAUACUCGCUGUAAUUUACACUCAUAAGAUUUAAAUUUACCAUCAAAUAUUUUUGGCAUUGUUAGCAUUGUCGCUUUGAUUUUAGAGGUUAACUUGGGACUAUACAAGUGACCUUAUCAGUUCACAUGGAACUGGACAAAUGACGAAAUCAGUUUCCCUUGAGACUAUAAUACUGGUCAUAAUCGUCCCCUAAGGACUAUACAAAUGGCUAAUAAGUUCACUAGGGACUAUACCACUUGCUACAUAAGUUCACAAAAGGACUAUACCACUGGCUAAUUUCACUAGAGACUAUACCACUGGCUACAUAAGUUCACAAAAGGACUAUACCACUCGCUAAUUUCACUAAGGACUAUACCACUGGCUACAUCUUUUCUUUUUGGGAUUUUAGAACUUACCUAACCAGCUCACUGUGGACAAUAUUUCUUAAGCUAAAUGAGUUCAAUUGUGACUAUACCACUUGCCUCAUACGUUUACUUGGGAUAUAUAUUAUGUAUACCACAAGGAAAAUGAAUUCUUAUAGGACUAUACCGCUGGCUAAAUUAUUUUAGUGUAAUAGGGACAGGGGACCCUUCCAAAUGGCCAAAACAGUUAACCAAAAUAAGGACGAUUGUUAGAAACUAUGGAGGAAAUUUCCGACGGCACAUCAGGAAACCGCGGCACAUCGACUGCGCAUCUCUGGUUUGAAUGAUUUGAUUAUAAUAUUAAAUUUAACAUCUGGACGAAUGAACACAAAAUAUAACUGGGGAAAACGACCCUAAAGGGAUUUCUUCGCCAUAUAUGAGCAUAUGAUAGGCAUAUGUGUGUACAAUUUACAAAAUAUCUAUUAUUAAUCAAAAAUUUCGUUUGUUCAAUAAUUUUAAAAAAAAAUUAUUCCCUGUAAAACAUGCACUGUUUAGAAAGCUACUAAUUUUUCGAUUUUUCUAAAUGUUUAUUUCCUAUCUUUUUUUUAAAAAGUGAAUCUAAACAGUGCAGGUUUAUACUAGUUUACAGCGUUGUAUAACAAUCUAUAUAACAAGUACAUCAAAUAAUAACAUUUGGUAUUCUUCAUUGUCUCUCACAGAAUGUUGGAUUCCCAGAAAUAUUCAACGUCUUGUCAUCACAGCCAGUUCUCAACAAGGUACAGGAAACAUACUGGCGUGUAAGCCACACCAGUGGAUAGAUCGCACUCAUAGGGUUGCGGGUUGUCACCGUGGGGAUUUGCGGUUGACCUGAAGAAGGUCUCUCUCCCUUAGUCUCGAAGUUACAAGAACCCAUUUAAACUUACAUAUUAAAACGAACAUUGUUUAAACAUGCAGCAGGAAAAUGUGGAUUUUAAAACAAAGGAUAGCCCCGUGCUCCAGUGUAGGCAAGAACAAAUGAUGAAACGAUUCCACGAAAUUUAAUAUACAUUAUAGUAAAUGACUACUCCCCAAUAAAUAGCAAUACGCAAUUAUAUUUAUCGAAACUUUUAGAAAAAAAAAAGUGUGAACUAUAAGAGCGAGUCCUUUUUGUUUAGUCAUAAUGUUGUUUUUUUUUUAAAGUUAACAAGGUCUUCCAUUUUGUAUUUUGAGUAUAUACAAAUAUAUAUAUAUAUUCAAUUUAUACUAAGGAAUUUUGAGCUAAUUAUUAUUUUUUUUAAAGGCUUAAUAUAACAACUUAAAUGUUAUAAUUUUAUAGAGAAAGAAUGAGUUUGUUCUCCGAUUCCAGCUUUUCUGGAGACACGCAUUUUUCUAUGAGAUUCUUGCUGCCUUGUCAGCUAUUAUAUCUUACUUUGUGCACACUUGUAAUUUAAGUUCUAAAGAUAUGUGUACAUGUUAAGAGCAGUGUUAUUCGGGGAAAAAAUAUUCACUAGCGAUGGUUAGAUCUGAACAACAUUUUUCUUGACCCCCCACCCCACCCUCCCCCCUUUUUUUUUCACAGGCCACCACUUACACCGCUCUGAUGCAAGUGGCCACGGGAAGUCUGGAGACGUACAUACAGAACUGCCCAGAUCCUUGCGCGCCUUGGUGACCAGGCAGGGGCGGCUAACCACAACUAGUUUUUAAAAGCUGUUUCCAUUUAGAGGUUUAAGCCUAACAAGAGAGACAGCCAAUCAAUAAGAAGCUAGACCUAUCAUAAAAUGAAUAUGAUUUCAAUAAUAUUCGAAGAUAAUUAUCAAAUAAUAAUAAUACAUAAUAAUCAAAGAAAAGAAUAAAAUAAUAAUUUUGAAAAGUUAUUUGAGAAAAACAGUAUUUAAUUUCAUCAGUAUUUAUACAGACAGGUUUAAGAAAUUUUGUAAGAAACUUUAUUAAAGUUUGUACAUAAUAACAAUUAAAGCAGGUCCUUUAGGGGUUGUUUAUGGGAAGCAAUCGUAAUAUUUCAUACAAUGAAAGUUUAACAUUGAUAGCCCCCCUUGUAUAGAAAAAAAAAUUGUUCCAUUAAAUAGGUAAGAUUGAAAACCUGGAAAAUGCACCAAUGUUUUCUAGUAAAAUUCUCCAUAAAUGAUAUUUUCUUGUUUGGUAUCUAUGAAAAAACAGGUUGGCAUUGGUCAUGGAGUUGAAAAGAAGAAAGCGAAGCUAAAAAUCUGACUAGCUUCAAUUAACAUAAGUUCGAAAUGACAUUUUCUAACCUCAUGGACCUAUGGAAACUUGUUUUUUUUGGGUAUUUUUUUUUUGUUCUCUCGCAAACCUAGCCAAAUAAAAUUCAAAAAGCCUGAUCCGGAGUAUCUCAUCAAACUAAGGAUGUCUGUAUCACAAUAACGAGUUUAUCUUCAUAUGAGUUUAACACAUUUCCUUUUUUUAAAAAAAAAAAACCAUACAUUUUAGAUAUACCACCCCAUACCCACGUGUUUUUAAGCGGCCCUCAGUUGGUGUUGACCAGAGAAACACCUCCUGGCCAUUGCUUUUUAGCCAUCCUAUUAUAUGACUUGUUUUAAAAUUCAUUACAUCAACCCAUGUCAGUGUUGUUGUUUUUUGUUUUUUAAAUAGCUUGUCCUUGAUUACAUUGCCACCACUACGCCCCCACCCAAGACAAAUCCACCCAAGACACGCCCACCCAAGACACACCCACCCAAAACACAGCCACCCAAGACAUUCCCACCCAAGAAACGCCCACCCAAGAGACCCCCUCCCCUUGCUCCUGGAGUAAUUUUUUCUGUUUCACUUUUUAAUCAAUUUUCAAAUAUACGAAGAAAUUCAUGCAAAUUAUGACAUAUUAACUGGGGCAUCUAUCCCCCCCCCUCCUAGACGCCCCCCGCAUACUAUCAUAAUCUAAUGUCAUCCAAAAAAUAUCUAAAUAAACAUUAUUGAAAUGUUAGAUAUGUUUUUUCUUGUAUGAAAAUAAUCAUUUUAUUAUCACAAUUAUCCGUGGAUUCAGUACAAAAAUACAAGUGAACAUGUUGUAUCUUACAUAUGGCAAUAGCGUUUGAUAUGAGAGAAUACACACAUGCACAUGUUGUAUCAUACCGAUGGUAAUAGGGUUUUGAUAUGAGGGAACACACACGUGAAAUGUUCUAUCACACAUAUGGCAAUAGCAUUUGACAUGAGGGAACACACAAGUGAAAUGUUCUAUCACACAUAUGGCAAUAGCAUUUGACAUGAGAGAGCACACAAGUGAAAUGUUCUAUCACACAUAUGGCAAUAGCAUUUGACAUGAGAGAGCACACAAGUGAAAUGUUCUAUCACACAUAUGGCAAUAGCAUUUGACAUGAGAGAGCACACAAGUGAAAUGUUCUAUCACACAUAUGGCAAUAGCAUUUGACAUGAGAGAGCACACAAGUGAAAUGUUCUAUCACACAUAUAUGGCAAUAGCAUUUGACAUGAGAGAGCACACAAGUGAAAUGUUCUAUCACACAUAUAUGGCAAUAGCAUUUGACAUGAGAGAGCACACAAGGAAUACAUUGUAUGGGACGGGAUAGCGAAAUCAAUAGGAAGUUAUCGAUCAGUAAAGUUAUACAAUUGUUUAAACAAAUAGCUUCUACAGUCAUACGUAGAACGUUGGUUUUGAUUUCAUCAGCGCGAAUACCAACGUCAUGAAAGAGUAUUUAUUUUGAUAUAAACCCAUAGAGCACUGUAUUAUGAAACCAGUUGUAAAAAAAUAUAUAUAUAAACCUUG